AUGCUACAUAGCUUCCACCCCGCCGCCCUGCCUGUCUCGUCUGUCUGCCUGCCUGCCUGCCUUAUAGGUACCUACCUUUCCGACGAACGAGGUAAUCCGCCCCCCUUCGUCACUCUGCCAAUGCCUGUUCCCACAGCCGUCCACUCUUCUCCUCCAUCUCCUCUCAAACACCCACAGCACUACGCAUGCCCGGAACCCUCUGCCGUUGGUGGUGGCUGUUGUUGA